AACAUCAGCAACUGAUUCUGAUUCAAAAACAGCAUGGCCUCAAACAUGUCCACGCGAAAGAAGCGUGUUUCCAAGAAAACCAAAACUUCAUGGCGAAAGAACACAGACGUCGCCGAUGUCACUGAAUUUUUAGAAGCGAAACGCACUAAAGAAAUCCGGGGCGUGAAGAAAAAUGAGGAGGUCUUCACAAUUGACACGGAGGCCAGGAAAAUCAAGGAUAUUGAUUUAUUUCUUAGCAGGAAGGAAAGGGCUCGAUCCAAACCGUUGAAAUGCUUUACGGCUAUGAUCAACGAGUCUGCUGUUUCUGAUCCUGUUAUAAAAAGGAACACAGUGACCAAACCUGGUGAGGGCAAAGGUGUUUCAAAUAUCAUAAAGAAGCAGAUGAGCCUCAAGAGACUGAAGAAAGAAGCACAGUCACUGAAUGAUUCCAAAAAAUAUUCCGCCAAGAAAGCGUCUGCUAACAUCAAAACUCACGCAGUUCAAGAUGUCUGGGAUGAAAAUUAUGGUAAAGUUACGCUGCCAAUCGACGAGCAAUGGUUGAAUCCAAAGACACUGGUUCACACUAUUGAGCACUUUGAGAAGAAAAUCGGCAAGAAAUCCACAUUCUCCAGGAAGAAGAAUUCCGUUUUGCCAGCUGUCGAUGCCCCUCACCCUGGUGAAUCUUACAAUCCAACUUUGGAGGACCAUCAGGAUUUGUUGCAACAGGUGGCUGACCAUGAAAUGAAACUCAUCAAGCAGGAGAAACACAUUGAAAGAGUUACAACCAAAAUGUUCUGCAAGAAGAAGGACAUGCCAACAGAGGAGUCCAAAAUGAAAGAAAUGGCAGAAGGACUUCCAAUCCCUGGAGAAGAAGUGGUCGAUGAAGAGAUGUCUGAUUCUGAAUACAAAGCUUUGAAUCCACCUGUGCUAAAUAAGAAGAAGACCCUCAAGAAGAGGAAGAACUUGAAGAAGGUGAAGGAUGAGCAAAUGCAACGCUUCAACGCCAAGAUGGAAAAGAAAAAGGUCGCAGACAUUUACAGGUUGAAAAAGUUGGAUGAAGAAAUGGCUGCUGAAAAAGUAGUGAUGGAUCAAAACAAGGAGCAGAAGAUCAAGAUCCUGAAAGAAAAGGAACUUCAGCCCAAGAAGAUGAGCAAUUUCAAUUUUGUGGCGCCUGAACUGGAUUUCAACUUGCCUAAGGAUAUUAGAGGAACUGUCAGGCAAGUCAAAACCGAAGGAAACAUUCUUGCUGAUAGGUUCAAGAGCAUGCAGAAGAGGAAUGUGAUCGAAACACGCGUCAGGCAAAAGAAAAUAAGACCCAAGAUGAAGCCCAAGAGAUUUGUCAAAGCCUCUCAUAAGACUAAUGUUAAGUAAGCUAUUAAAACAUUAAUAUAUUUCUA